GUCAUUUGAACUCGCCCAUUAAAAUUUGAAUUACAUUAGAGAUCGAGGGUUUAGGGUUUGAAAAAUCUCCAUUUUAGACAAAAGAGAGAACUUCCUUCCCAGCUUUUUGAGAGGGAAACCAUUUCUUUCUAAAUUUUUUAAAACCCUCAAUUGAACAGGUCAAAAUUUCAUUUGAAGGCAAUUAUCAGGAUGAGCACUUUAGUAAAUAGAACUCCUAAAUCAUCUGGGAGUAGGUCAUUGUUUUACCAAGAUUUAGCAUCACCAGUAUCCGCUCGUAAAGGGAAAUUUGCAACUCCUGGCCAAGCAGCAGCGGUAUCUGCUCUAUGGCGUGAGAAUUUUGGGGGUUCGGAUCUUCCACCCCCUCCUAUGUAUACAUUAGAGGACCGUUCAGAUUUUUCUCCUGAGUCUGGCAUUCCUGAUUAUCCUGUGUCGCCAGAGGUUAAGUCGGAUCCAAGAAGUCCUAGACAAAUUUCCGGGAGGGAGUUUAUGAUCCCAUCAAAAAGUAAAUCAGAUGCAAGCACUUCGUUUGCAUUGAUGAAUGGGCAUCAGAAUCAACAGGGUUCUGCAAGUUCUACUUGGUGGUCACCAGCUAAGGCUAGUAGUAGUGAGCAGGAAGAUAAAGGAAAAGGUUCUCCUGUUGAAGGUGUGGUUCAGCCUGGUGCUCUGAUCAUACUUCCACCACUAAGGGAAGUUGCAAGGCCAGAGAUGCAGAGGAAUAAUUUGCCUACUGGGAAAUUUGAUGAGGAAGAAUGGGUUACUGUUUAUGGGUUCUCUCCUGGUGAUACCAAUCUAGUUCUGCGGGAGUUUGAAAAAUGUGGUGUGAUCUUGAAACAUGUUCCUGGUCCAAGGGAUGCUAACUGGAUGCACAUUCUUUAUCAGAGUCGGUCGGAUGCUCAGAAGGCUCUCAGCAAGAAUGGAAUGCAAAUAAAUGGGGUACUAAUAGUAGGUGUAAAGCCAGUGGAUCCAAUGCAACGCCAGGCUCUGAAUGAAAGACUUAACAAUCAGGGAUUCAUGACCUUACCCCCUCCAUCAUCUUCUAGAAGCUCAGAGUUGAAAACAUUAGGAGCUUCUUCUCGCCCGUACCAUAUUCAAAAUGGCAGUAGCAGUGCCCGACAGUCAGGAGGUUCCAUUGCUUCUCCAGCCAAGUCUGUAGUAUCCAAAAUCUUUGAUGUGAUGUUUGGCAUUUAGGGCUUUUGCUUACCCAUACAGCUUCUUAUGAUCUUGUUACGGCAAGAUAAAUGAGUUCUUUCAGCACUUCAAGACUGACAGUGAGAGUCUUUUGUUAAUCUCCUGAGCUUGAUUCAAUAUCUUUCCAAUGUAGGAGGUGCUGCAUUCCUUGUCAUGAAAUUGUAAGACUGGUGAUAAAGUUGUUUAAAGGUCGAGAAAUGGAAGUAUAACAUCAUAAUCUGUAAGAAAA